CGUACGUUUAUAGUUUUUUAGCCAUGAACAAAAAGUAUUUAUAUUACACAUUUUUUUAUAUUCUCAGCUGCAAGAUAUGCAACUCCUUUACUCGUAAAGAGUAUCAUGAAUAUGAUAUAAAUUAUCAUGAUUCAAAUAAAAGUUGCAUUACGGAAAUAGAUUGUAAUACUACAUCAAUGUUCUGCAAUAAAACAACACUAAAAUGCUACUGUAGUAGAUUUUACACAUGGAAUGAUACUAUUAGAACAUGUCAAUUUGGUUUCAACAAUAUGGUUGGUUGGUAUACAAAGCAAAAGUUUGAAGAUGAUUUUAGUUAUACAAAUGCAUCAAAUGUAACCAUAAUACCAAAUGAAAUAUUUAAAGAGGUCAUACCAAGUUGGUGGAUAGUAAUUGUUAUGAGUAUAGGUGCUUUAUGUUUUUUGUCAUGUAUAGUUUAUGUUUGUUAUGGUCACCAAGAAAUUGAUGAAAACAAAACUGUAUUCGCUGCAUUAUUUAAGCAACAUGAACAGACACAUAGAAUUCAAACAUCAGUGAUAGAGAACAUUUGAUUAUAAAGUUAUAACUGAGCAUAAUAAUAAUUAAAAACAUAACAUUACACAUGAAAAUAAUAAUUUAAUUUGUUG